CUUUUAUUGACAAAAAAGGCUUUUUCGAUUUAAAACAUUAAAAUCUCAUUAUAUUAAAGGGAAAAUAGUCUUAAUAAACAUGAGUCUUUUAUUUUUUUAUUAAGACUUAAUGACAUUGGUCUCUUCACUUAAACGAUAAAGAAACUAAUUUGCAGAUUAGUCUUUUCGUAACAUAGCACAGCUGCCUUUUUUGAACAAGUUUCUGGUGAGUUUGAUAGUGGACACUGGAAUAUAUAAUAACAAUUUGCUUCAUAUUAUCGCCCAGUGUUGCACUGCAGCAAAAUAGCUAAUGGCGAAAAUGACUUAUUCACCAGAAACCUAUAAGGUUGUGCUUGAAAGAAAGUUAGUCGACAUUACAGAAAAAUUAGGUAUAGGAGACGGUAGCCUUUUACUCAACCGAUUAUUGGCGAGGGGAGUUAUUACCCAGCUCGAGAAAGAAGAAAUUGAAUCAGGGGGAGCUAGAUUUCGUAAAGCGUCUAAAUUAAUGGAUAUACUUAUUAGGAACAGUCAUCAUUUACCUCAGUUCGUGUUAGCAUUAUUUGAUGACAAUCAAAAAUUCUUGGCUGAAAAUAUCACAGAGUAUUUACCAGAUGCACAGAGAAUAGUCAAUGAUAGAAAAAAACAAAGGGAGGCUAUCAAACAGCAGUUUGGACAAUAA